AUGUCAAAAGAAAUAAUAUACAAAAAUAAGUUUGAAAAGAACACAUAUAGCUUGAUUGAAUUAGGCUCUAAAGAAUUACAAGAAGCUUUUGAGUCAGGCAAAGAGGUCAUCAUUAAAGGAUAUGCGGAUGAUGAAGCUGUAUUAUGUACAGAAUCAAAGACAUUUCUUAUACGUCAAGUAAAUACAUCAAAUUCAAUGUUGUUGGUUAACGAGAAUCACACUUUGAAUCAAUAUACUAUUUGUGAUGAUAUAUCCAAUACAAUUGAAUUAAAACCUUGUCUUGCACGAUUAAAUCGAAUUGAUGAUCUACUUGGUGAAUCAUUAUAUUCUGGAUCUAAAAAUGAAAAAGAAUUAAGUAAAAAUAAGACGUUAUAUAGCUAUCAUGAUUUAUUAUCAAUUGUACAAGCCAGUGAAAAUGAGUUAUUGGAAGCAUUAGAGAAAAAAGGAGCAUUUCAACAUGAAGGACAUUUUCGACUUUUUGAACGGAAUUAUUUGUUUCGCUUAUUUGAUUCAUUAAUGACGAAUGCUAUAUUACAUGGAUAUGAUUUUGGAAAGAUGAAAUUAAGGGAAGCAAAGAAAUGUAUAAAGGAAGAAAUGAAUGCUGUUGAUGAAGAAGAAGAGCUACCUGAUCAUAUACUUACAGCAUGUAUAAAUUCGUUUAUAAAUGAUAUGAUAGACCAAGAUGAUGAAUUUAUACAAUUCGAUGAAAGGAAAAUAUGUCGAUUUUUAGGUGAAUGGUUAUUAAAUAAUCCUAGGGUAAAAAAAAAAAAAAUAGCAACUGACUUAUACGACUGA